CUUAUAUGCUGCUGAACCUUUCUACUUCUACUCGAUGUGGGACUUCACCUCACACUUGUAACCCAACAUAUACAAGCCUGUCAUAUUCCAGCUCUGCAGCACAUACACCAUUUACAACUUCCUUCCUUCGUUCUAAGCAUCAUUCUCAAUUCGUAUGUAAAAACCUUCUUUCUUUAUAUUCUCUCUUCACGAGGAACACCGACACAUAAAACCUGUUUCUAAGUUCUUACAACCCAGUUUUCUCCUUCAUUCUAGUCUAGUCUUUUUCUUCUUUUUUUCCCCCAUGUAUAGCUCCAAGUUCAGAAAGCUGUUUUGUUCUGUGUUGUUUUCAUGGCUCUGUUUUGGAGGUUUGGCCAUGGCAGCAGGUGAAAGUAGCAGCAGCUCCAGAGACCUAGACCAGACACCAACGUGGGCCGUUGCUGCUGUCUGUACUGUUUUCAUCUUGGUAUCCAUAGCACUCGAAAAGAGUCUCCACAAAGUUGGGACGUGGCUUGGACAAAAGAAAAAGAAGGCUUUGCUUGAAGCUCUGGAGAAGGUCAAGGCUGAGUUGAUGAUUUUAGGUUUCAUUUCACUGCUUUUGACUUUCGGGCAGAGUUACAUUGUCAGAAUAUGUAUUCCCGAAAAGCUGGCAGACAAUAUGUUACCAUGUCCGUAUAAAUAUAAGGAGGACAAAAAGGCAUCAGAUAGUGAAGAGGAACAUCGUAGGAAACUUUUAUCUUAUGAACGUAGAUAUUUAGCUGCUGAUACUACCUCGUUCAAAUGCAGCAGGGAGGGACACGAGCCACUUUUAUCUGUCAAUGGAUUGCACCAGUUACACAUCCUCGUAUUCUUCUUAGCAGUCAUUCAUGUGCUUUACAGUGCUAUUACAAUGAUGCUUGGAAGACUAAAGAUACGUGGAUGGAAGGCAUGGGAAGCGGAGACUUCAACUCAUAAUUAUGAGUUCGCCAAUGCUGCUUCAAGAUUUAGACUUACUCAUGAAACAUCAUUCGUGAGAGCCCAUUCCAGUUUUUUGACUAGGAUUCCCAUCUUCUUCUACAUUCGCUGCUUCUUUAGGCAGUUCUAUAGGUCUGUAAAUAAGACUGACUACCUCACUUUGCGCAAUGGGUUUAUCACUGUCCACCUGGCUCCUGGAAGUAAAUUUAAUUUCCAAAAGUAUAUCAAAAGAUCAUUAGAAGAUGACUUCAAGGUGGUCGUGGGAGUUAGUCCUAUCCUCUGGGCAUCAGUUGUAGUUUACCUUCUCAUCAAUGUUAAUGGAUGGCACACCGUACUUUGGGCAGCCUUAAUUCCUGUUGUUAUAAUUUUGGCUGUUGGAACAAAACUUCAAGCCAUAUUGGCAAAUAUGGCUCUUGAAAUCACGGAAAGACAUGCAGUUGUCCAAGGAAUGCCUCUUGUCCAAGGCUCAGACAAAUACUUUUGGUUUGGUCAGCCACAGUUAGUUCUACAUCUUAUCCAUUUUGCUUUGUUCCAGAAUGCGUUCCAAAUAACAUAUAUCUUGUGGAUAUGGUAUUCUUUUGGGUUGAGAAACUGUUUCCGUACUGACUACAAGCUUGCAGUAGUAAAAGUAGCUCUAGGGAUUUUGAUGCUAUGCCUCUGCAGCUAUAUCACCCUUCCAUUAUAUGCUCUUGUAACUCAGAUGGGUUCAAGGAUGAAAACAGCAAUAUUUGACGAGCAAACAAACAAGGCUCUGAAGAAAUGGCACAUGGCUGCGAAGAAGAAGCAGGGAGGAGCAGUGACGCUAGGAAAGUCGAGUGCACGAAUCAUGGAUGGAAGCCCCAUUGGUAAUUCUUCAACAGUGCACUCCACUGGCCCCACACUACACCGUUUCAAAACUACUGGCCACUCAACCCGCUCCUCAUCAACAGCGUACGAGGAUCAAGAUCAAGAUCAUGAAUAUGAAUCCGAUGGUGUUGAGUUGUCUCCGUUGGCGUCGCAAACAACAAGCUUCAUUGUAAGAGUUGAUCAUGGCGACCAACAACAAGCAGAACAUAGACAAGAUAGUGAGGGAGAAACCAACAGUAGUAGUGAAGGUGAAUUCUCAUUUGUCAAACCUGACCCUGUGGAAAUUAGAACCACCACAUAGCAUAUGAUCAUAUAUUCAUCUCUAUUCUUAUACAUAAAUCUUUACAUAAAAAAGAAAAGAAAAAACAAAAAAACACUUUCUAGAUUAUGGGGUAUCUUGAAACUUAGAGAUGAACUUGUACAUUCUUGAUCAGCAUAAUUCAUUGCACCUAAUGGAAGCAUUGCCCUCACAUGCUUUUAAUGUUGAUACUUCUGAUCCAUGCUUGAGAAAAAGGCUCCGAGGGUGCAAAAUGAGGAAUGGAUUUUUAAAUAUAGUGGUAAAGUAUUAAAAAAUACAAGUGUAAAUUAUUA